CAUGCAUAUAAGAAUGUAACCUGCAAGUAUAUCUUUGUAGUGCACCACUUAUGUAAGGUAUAAACAGUCCUAAGGAUUGUCAGGUCACCUAUUUAGCGAAAUACGCCAGUUAUGCACGUGGAGAGUCCUAAAAGAUGGUCAAAUCAGGUUUAUAGUAAUGCAUAAAGUUUUACAGACCAGACACUGUAGGCAGCUGCACCAAAUAUCAUACCGCCUGUUGUUCUCGCGCGAGUGGGUCAUGUGACAGCGAAAACUGGGGUCCAGAAUAGUAAACAACAUGGCGCACUAUCAACACAGAACGGACUAGGACCAACAUAUUGUAAAUACAAAGUUGACAAACGACCCUGCACCAGUAGAUAUACCAAAAAUUCUCGUUAUACUUGUAACGUAACGAGGUAGUGCAUUUGUCUGGGAAACAAAGGAACUAUAACAACGACCCAACUGUCAACCCCUCAAUCCACUGGAACAGGGGUCUCGGCCUAUGGGCUCGCAGUCCAGUUCUGGGAUGUCCGGUCGGGGUUCUAGCGACAACCCAGACCAGUCUGAACCAGAGUCCAAUCAGAACACGAACCCAAGAGGUCGGAGGUCAACCGACAGGCAAAGCGAGAGACAGUCAGCUGCCGAGGAGGACGUCGAUUUAGCUCAAGUGCUGGCUUAUCUACUGAGAAGGGGCCAGGUCCGACUGGUCCAUGGCAGUGGAGCCACAGGCCUCCAGCUGGUCCAGUCCUACUCAGACUCGGACGAGGACAGCGACAGUGCCUGGGAAGGACGUCUAGGAGACCGCUACAACCCCCCUGGUAACCAUGCCACAUCUAUCGAGCACCACAACCUCCCUGUGGACUCCCAACCGGAUACCCAGGAUGUGGACCGUAGUGAGAUCAGCACCCAGAUCAUGCUGGCUACAGCCUCGUCUGCUCUCAGAGGGAGACACAGCUUCACUCACAUGCUGACACAAAGGGAACAGGGCCGAUGCAGAGGCUUCAGUUUCUCUCACGGGGAGUGCAGUCGCAUCCGAUCACAUUUCCUGCCAAAUCAUGUGGCCUUCAAGGACACGUACAACCAGAAGGCCUUCUGUGGUCUCUAUAGCAACGAUGGCAACAUGUUCCUGUCUGCUUGUCAAGACCAGAACAUCCGUCUGUAUGACACCAGCCGGGGGCGUUUCACCCUGAGGCGGACAGUGAAGGCUCGGGACGUUGGCUGGAGCGUGCUGGAUGUCUGCUUUACGCCCGACUCACGCAGCCUGCUCUACUCCAGCUGGUCCGACUACAUUCAUGUCUGCAGCGUAGAUGGAGACAGUGAAUCCCACACCGCCUUGGACCUCAACCCCGAUGAAAGGAGGUUUUGUGUAUUUUCUCUCACUACGUCCUGUGAUGGGAAGGAGAUUCUUGGAGGAGCAAAUGAUGGCUGCUUGUAUGUGUUUGACCGAGAACAGAACAAACGCACAUUGAAGAUUGAUGCACACGAGGACGACGUGAAUGCGGUGGCGUUUGCCGACAGCUCGUCCCAGCUGCUGUUCUCGGGCAGCGAUGAUGCCCUGUGUAAGGUCUGGGACCGCCGCACGCUGCGCGAGGACCGCCCCCAACCCGUGGGCCACCUGGCCGGCCACCGCGACGGCAUCACCUUCAUCCACAGCAAGGGGGAUGCCCGCUACCUGAUCAGCAACUCUAAAGACCAGUCCAUUAAGCUGUGGGACGUGCGGAAGUUCUCCCCCAAGGAGGGCCUGGCCGCCUCCCGACUGGCCGUCACGCAGCAGAACUGGGACUACCGCUGGCAGCCCGUCCCACAGAAAGCCCUGAAGAGGCACAAGCUAACGGGUGACACGUCGGUGAUGACGUAUAGGGGUCACGGGGUGCUGCACACGCUCAUCCGCUGCCGCUUCUCCCCCGAGUUCAGCACCGGCCAGAAGUACAUCUACACCGGCUGCUCCACCGGCAAGAUCAUCAUCUAUGAUGUCCUGACGGGGGCCAUCGUGACCAGGCUGUCUGGCCAUGACGCCUGUGUGAGAGACGUGAGCUGGCAUCCCUACCAGGAGAACAUCGUCAGCAGCUCUUGGGAUGGAGCAGUGCGGCUGUGGGAGCACAGGCAGACACACCCACUGGACGAGGAGAGAGAGAGGGAGCGUGACAGAGAGUGCGAAGGAGAUAGCGGUGUGAGUGACAGAGAUAGCAAGAAACGCAGAUAGACAGACAGAAAAGGGGCACGGUUGGAAAAGAUGGAAAGAAUGUGGGGUGAAAAAAUAGGCACAACAGCAGAGGAAUAGAAAGCAGAUCUGCAAGGACAAAAGCUUUUUGUGCGCGUAUCCGAAUCGUUGCUGUUUUUUUUGCAAUUCAGCACAGCCUAGAGAGCGAGAAUAAGCUCAAUCAAAAACACACAGGAUGCUUACUUGUUGCUGUAUGUCUUUUUUUGCGAGUCAGAGAUCCUCCAAUUCACCUUAAAUGUUUUUUUUUUCCUCAUACGGAAACAUCACUUAAAAAUCAAUCUACAGCCAUAACUGUGGACUUACAACCACAGAGAAGGUUAUCUGCAGAUAAGCCGCGUUGAGUGUUUUCAUAUAUUUUUUCCUCUUCUAGAUCUCAGUGGUUACAACAACUGAGUGUUUAGUUAAUGCUAAGGUCGUUUUUUUACAGCCCUGAUUCUGUUGUUCAGGUGUUACUUUUUCCUUGGAAGGGCGGAGGGGUUAACGACUUAAAAGUAGUGUAUAAUCUUUUUUAAAAACAAAAAACACUUGGAAGAAAAUAACUCGCUUGUGAGACGCACGUUGGGGUUCGGGUGUGGCAGUUUCAUGAUAAUGUAAAGUAUUUUAUUUGGAAAUUAAUGUUCAAAUGUUGAUAAAUGGAGUUUGUAACCUAGUACUACACAUUCUGCGCCAAAAUAUUUGAAUGUCAUAAUAAUGUUCAAAAAGGAUUUAGUCAAGAGGGGAGAUGAGAGAUGUGUACGUGUGUUUGGGUGCGUGUGCGAGUGUAUGAGUUCUUUUUAACGACAAGUGCAAAUAACGGUAAAGACACUUUCCAAAUUCACAAAAUUAUGUUUUUGUUAUUACUUCUUAAUCGUGUGAAAUUGUUUCAUUUGUCAAUAUUAUUGUCCAUUGUCCUUUUCUUUGGUUUGUUUUUCACUAUUAUUUAAUAAUUUGUUCAUAGUUUGUUUGUACACACUAUUACAAUGUUUGUGUGUAAUAGUUUCUUUUAUCUUGCAAUGUUGCAUUGUCUGCAGUAUUGCAUAGAUUCAUCUAUCUUCCAAGUCUACAAUGCUCAGAAACAUAACAUUUGGGAGACGCUAUUGUUUGAUUAUUUUGUCUUUACCGUUUUUGCAGCCGUGACAUGAGGAGUCUGUAUACAACAAUAAAUUUGCUGUCCCUACCGGUCCUUAGUUCUGCAACCACUAUGUGACGAUAUGGCUUCUGUUAUGGGUGGUCCAAAUAAUUGUAAAAUAGUCAUAAAGACGAUUUGUAGUCUGCAAGAGAUUCUAAUCUCUCACUAUUUGGAUAUUGUUUUUCUCUACUUCAGAAACCUUUUACAUCAUUUACAGAAUAAUAUAAUGCAAUUUUAGUACUAUUAAUGCUAAGUGUAAUAUUUUACACAAUUACAGAAAGUUCAGCCUCACUGAAAGUGUGUCUCUGUGUUGAGCAGGUAUGACCUCAAAACAAUUAAUGAAUCAAUCCUACAUUGUUAUACAGAUUACGUUUUCUGGUCUUGGUUUUCAGUGAGCGCAGUUACAUGCAUGGUGUAUUCCGGUUUCAAACAGUAUUUGGUUUAAAACAAGUUCCGUAAUAUUCAACGUUGGAACAGCGCUGUGCAACCGGAACAUGGCCUCAUUUAGAAAAGAAUAGAGAGUUUACACGAGUUGUGAGCUAACCGUAUGCUACCACCAUGUCGUUUAAAAUCGGAGUACUCUUUGCGUGUAACAGCACUCAAUUCACCUUUUAAACCCACUAACACAGUACUACUUGCUACGUUUCCAUGAGGCAUUCAAUUCGGAAUUAACCGACUUUGAUUCUGAAUAAAGCUUAAUUCCGUUUUGAAAAUGUCAUGUAAACACCUCUUUAUUCGUAAUUAAAGGAAAGAUCAAAGUAAACUCGACGGAACUAUUUAAUUCUGAAUGAUUAAUUCGGAAUUAAAAACAUUAUGUAAACGUCGUGAUUGACAGGUGAAAAAUACCUCAACAAUUCAUCAGUGUUAAGCCAUUUUUACAAAGCAACAGGCUCUUAACAGGUUCUUAAAUCGCCAUUCCUUAAAGGUGCACUGUGUAAUAUUUUUAGUAGUUUAUUCCCAGAACUCAUGCUGCCCAUUCACAAAUUUUACCUUUUUAUGAAUACUUAUCACCAACAUGAAAUUCUAAAUAUUCAUUAUGACUGGGAAAACUCAAUUUUUCAUACAUGAAAAGGGGAUCUUCUCCAUGUCCGCCAUUUUGAAUUUCCAGAAAUAGACAUUUUUGUCUGCACAACUUACGGUACUUUGGUCAUACUACCAAAUAUUAGUUUAUUACAUAGUAAAUAUUCAUGAAAAUGUAAAAAAUGGCAAUAGACAGCACAGUUUCAAUGAGCAUCAUAGUUGCAAUACCUUAUCUGGCCACCAUCCUACACAGUGCACCUUUAACUGGUUUUUAACCAUGCCGAAAACAAACAAUACCACAGAAAGGGCUAUACAUGAUCUUAGCUGAACUCCAUGUAAACUUGCAAUCAUCAGUCGACAUACAGACACAAUUGUUUGCAGUGUAAAGCAAUAUAUUGACUGGUAUAUGUACUAUUAUUUUCUUGUCUUUUUUCUUUUAUCAUCUCUUCAUAUGCGUAUACACGUUAAUUGGUGUAUAUACUGCAUUGACCAGUCUGUGAGUGAGGUUAAGGUCAUUAUCACUAAACUGUUUUUUUUUUGUCAUCAUUAAAAUCCCCACAGAAACCUC